GACGCUGGUAAUCUUGUAUUGGUGUUAUCUAAAGGAUUUUUGUAGGACACAGUGAGCCUUCCUCCUCCUCCUCACUCCUCAUCCUCUUGUUCCCUCCUCAAUCUGACUUUCCAAGCAAGAAACCCAAAUGCUCCCCCCUCAAAAGAGCACUUGUCAUCUACUGAGAAGACGACACAGGUUUAAAUUCAAGACAUUCCUCAAAGUAUAACUCACUCAGGGGAUCGUUUCUGCUAUUUUUCCUGCACAAUCUGAGGCUUUAAACAAACCUUGCUCCUGCGCGAUAAAGCGGCUCUUGCGACUCCGUUGCACCGUCAUGUGCGCGCUGCUGCAGGCGUGGACGUGCCUUGUUUUCGCUCUACUGCCAUUGGAAAUCCAGACUCGAGCGCUGUUCAACCAGAACCUCCAGACUGCCAGACACAGAUCCUCCAAACACAUGACACCUUCUUCCAUGAUGCCACCGACGCCUGAUUAUGCCCCGGCCCUCGACGACGCCAUCGCUCUGGCAGAGAGACGUUUUGUCUGGCCGGUCUUUAUAACAAAGAAGCCGCCAUCUAAGUGGUUUGAAGUGUGGCCGGGCGCACCGGGACGGUCCCGAGGGCGUCGCCACACCUACGCCCGGAGGGCCCGCGGGCAGCUGAUGAGGGCAGGCUGCGUCCUGGGCACCUGUCAGGUGCAGAACCUCAGCCAUCGCCUCUACCAGCUGAUUGGACGCAGCGGCAGGGAAGACUCCUCCCCCAUCAAUCCUCGGAGUCCUCACAGCUACGGCUGACAUUUAUGUCAUCCCUUUGCUUUUCUAUACAUUUUGCAUUAGUAUUGUUAAACCAUUUUACACGCAGUACAUUUAACCACUUUUAGGAAAUGCUAUUUAAGUUAUUUAUGAAAACAUUAAAAACGAGCAUAACUCAUAUUUUGUUACCAGU